GCUGAGACCGUGUAACACCCCAUUCGUUACUCUGUGUUGCAGUGAAUGUACACAUCGUCUGCACACUGGUGACCAUGGCAGGAAGCACCAUGACCGCGACCCUCAGUGUCCUUCUCUGUCUCGGGCUGUGUCAGGGCUGGUUAAACAAGGAACAGAGUGCAGUUCCCCCCAAACCCUCCAUCUGGGCUGACCCAGGCCCCAUCAUCAGCAAGGGGAGCCCUGUGACCAUCUGGUGUCAGGGGUCUCUGCAGGCAGAUGGCUACAGUCUAUAUAAAGACAGAAGCUAUUCAGCCUUGGACACAAGGAUCCCACAGGCCUCCAGCAACAAGACCGGGUUCCUCAUUCAGUCCAUGAGGUCACAGUACACAGGGCUGUACCAGUGUGCAUACAGCUAUGGGGGCAGGCUGUCUGAGAGGAGUGAGCCCCUGCUCCUGGUGCUGACAGGAGAGUACAGCCCACCCUCCUUCUCAGCCCACCCAGGCCCAGUGGUGACCUCAGGAGGGAACGUGUCCCUCUUGUGCAGCUCACAGUACAUUUCAGGCCCUUUCCACCUGCUGAAGGAGGAAGGGGCUGAGCCACCCCAACACAGUAAAGUGGAAUGGAGAUCCUAUCAGAGGAGGUGGCAGGCUGUCUUCCCUGUGGGCCCUGUGAGCUCCUCCCAUGGGGGGACCUACAGAUGCUAUGGUUCCUCCAGCUACUACCCCAAUGUGUGGUCACAGCCCAGUGUCCCUCUACACCUCGAGGUCACAGGUGUGUACAGGGAGCCCUCCCUCUUGGCCCAGCCAAGCCUCCUCGUGCUGCCUGGAGACAACCUGACCCUCCAGUGUCACUCUGAGCCGGGCUUUGACAGAUUCGCUUUGACCAAGGAGCAGGGGCGGACACCCCCCCAGCGUUUCCAUAAGCAGCACAGCCCUGACUUCCUCCUGGGCCCUGUGACCCUCACCCACAGGGGCCGGUACAGGUGCUACAGUGGACACAACCUCUCCUAUGUGUGGUCGGCCCCCAGUGCCCCCCUGGACAUCCUGAUUGCAGGAAUGUACAGGAAACCCUCCCUCUCGGCCCAUCCUGGGCCCUCAGUGCCCUGGGGAGUGAACGUGACCCUGCAGUGUCGAUCUGAGGACAGGGCUGACACCUUCCACCUGCACAGGGAGGGGUCCCCGGAUCCUCCCCAGCAGCUUCACCUGCAGGACACAGCUGCCCCCUCUCAGGCCAACUUCACCAUCAGCCCUGUGACCCGGGACCACAACGAGACUUACAGGUGCUACAGCUCACACAGCUCCUCCCCCUUCCAGCUGUCACAGCCCAGUGACCCCCUGGAGCUGGUGUUCUCAGGAGGCUCUAAGGACCAGCCCAACACGAAUUCAGGCACCCAGUUGGGUCUCCAAUGGUCCCUGAACAUCCUGAUCGGGGUCUUGGUGGCCCUCGUCCUGCUGCUCUCCCUCCUCCUCUUCCUCUUCCUCCGACACCGACACCGGCGUCAGAACAAAGGCAGGACAUCAAUGGCUGCGGCACCAGAACAGGAGGACAGAGGCCUGCAGAAGAGCUCCAGCCCAGCUGCUGACGUCCAGGAAGAGAACUUGUAUGCUGUUGUGAAAGACAUACAGCCUGAGGACAGAGAACUGGACAGUCAGGCUGCAGCAUCUGAAGACCCCCAGGAUGUGACCUACGCCGAGCUGAACCACUUGGCCCUCAGAGAAGAGACAAGUGCACCCUGUUCCUCCCCAUCAGAGAAGCCCCCAGAGGAGCCCAGUGUGUAUGCUACUCUGGCCGUCCACUAGCCCAGGAAGGACCCAGACCCCAUACUCCAGAAAGGGGGCUUUCAGGGACCCUGGAAGGCACAGGAGCUGCCCCCAAGGACACUCAGUAGUGGCCCCUGCCAGCCUGGAGACCUGACACAGGCUCCCAGCAACUCUGGGGCCUUUUAGAAGUCGAUUGCUUCCGGAAUUCCAUCAACACACAGCUGAUCUACAUCUCCACCAAAGGGACCCCACUGACUGCAAGGAUGCCUCAGAACUGCAAGGCCAGAAUUAGAACGCGACAACCUUGGGCUGAAAGCAGGCCUACAACCCAGCCCCAGUAAGCCACAGCUGUCACUGUGAAGCUGUCACUCAACUGACCUCAGAACCCGAAAGUCCCCAAAGGUGACUACAGGGUGCCAGGUGGCUGCAGCAGCUGAGGGGUUGCUCAAUUCCACACUUCUCAUUUUGAGCCAGCCCCUUCCUCCCCUGCCUGACACAGCUUCUCAGCAAUGAAAAGGAAGCCUGCUCCCUCCUGACCACUGAAUGUCGUCCUUCUCCAAACACGGAGGUGCCUUUCCAUAGGCCACUAACCCAUUCCCCACUUCACAUCCUAAGACACAGAAGUGGGAAUCUGCCCAUCAGCCACCCUGUAACAAGCUGUGAAAUGGGCCUGUAGAUCUUGUCAAUCCCUGCCACCAAUCAGAACUCACCAGCUACUCUGAGCAGUGUGGCACAAUUGGUUGGGCAUCAUCCCACAAAGUUAAAGAUGACCAGCUGAUUCCUGAUCACGGCCCACGCCUCAGCUGAGGGUCCGAUUCUGGUCGAGGUACCGGUUUAUCCUGUUCUCCUCUCCCUUCCCCUCUAAAAACCAAAAACAAAAUAAACCCCAGCAGCCUAUGGUGGAUGGAUCAGCUCUCAGUUCCCAGCACCAUCCCUCCCCCUCGGGUCAGCCCGACUUCUCAGGCCAUGGGUUGGGCAAAGGGCUGGAGAGGUGCCAACACUGACUUCCACUUGCUACUUCCCCUGCCUGAAAAUGAAUGUUCAGCUUUCAGAGCUUCCCUUUUUUUAUUUGCUCAGACUGCUUACCUUUAAACUUAACUGAAAUUAAAAAAAGAUGUGUGUCAGUAACGUCACAUCUGAUUCUGACUCAAAAGAACCUUCCUCAUAAUUCCCUUGGCUGCCCUGCUGUGAUGUCAGUGGUGUGUGACUGGUGUUCACUAGCGCAGCCGACUCAGGUGGUCUUCAGCAUCUCAAAUUGGACAGAGACCAGCAGGACCCCUGAGCAAGGAUGACACAGAUGGUGAAGCACGCCCAAUUUCUUGAUGACUAGUAACUCAACUCUCAGGGGUGAUCACUGUAGUGUACGUAGAUGCUAAAGAAUGUUGUACACCAGAAACACUAAAAAAAAAAAUGUUUAAAAAGCCCACACGGACCUGACCAAACCAGCCUAACCAGGCCCCUUCCACACAGGAAGAACCACUGACAGGUGAGUGAACUAGCUCGAGGUAACCUGAUAAAGAACCCAGCCUGCAUUUCUCCAUGCCACACAGACAGAUGGUGUGGUUCAGAGCUGGGAGGGUAAGAGACGCACCAAUAAAGAGAUGCACCAGUU